GCCUAUUCAUUUCUCCUCUAUCCUCGCCAGUCGCCACCACACAAGGAAGUGAGGAAAGAGCGAGGCACCGCCGCCGCCCGCCCAGCUCCAGGAGGGCGACCACCACGACGACCGCGUUGAGCAUGAAGCUCCUGGUGGACACCCAGGCCCGGCGCGUGCUGUUCGCGGAGGCGAGCAAGGACGUGGUGGACUUCCUCUUCUCCCUCCUCGCGCUGCCCGUCGGCACCGCCGUCAAGCUGCUGGGGAAGGAGUCCAUGGUCGGCUGCGUCGGCAGCCUCUACGGCAGCGUGGAGAAGCUCGACGGCACCUACGUCCAGCCCGGCGCCGCCAAGGACGCGCUGCUCCACCCCUCUGUCCUCUCGCCGGCGGUAAGUAGCAAGAGCUCCCUCCUAGGCUUGCCGGCGCCGCCGUCCCCACAGGCGAAGACGUUCUACAGAUGCAGCAAGCAGUGCAUCUGCUACAGCGGCGGAUAUGGCAGCAGCCAGCAGGCUAGAUGCAACAGCUGCCGGACUUACAUGACGGAGAGUUGCGGUACCUACUGUCCGUCAUGUAACAACCAGAUGACCACGCCCUUGACGGUCGUGCCGUCGGCCGGGUCCGAAGGUCCGGUGGCGGAGACGGCGGUGGGCAUGAGCGGGAAGGGGUUCGCGCAGGGCAUCGUGACGUACACGGUGAUGGACGAUCUCACCGUGACGCCCAUGUCCUCCAUCUCCAGCAUCACCCUGCUCAACACAUUCGCCGUCAGGGACCUCAGCGCGCUCCAGGAGAAGACCGUGUCCAGCUCGGCUAUGACCAGGGUCUGGAGAUUCUGAAGGCGUCGCUGCAGUCCAAGACCGUGCUCACCGACGUUUUCCUUAAGCCCGCCAGCAACGCUUGAAGGCACGGUUCUGCGCCUGACAUGCAGAUCGGCAUGGAAAAGUAGCUCGAUGCCUCGAUCCAUGUAGCUAAUGUUAAGUACUCCCUCCGUUUCAAAUUACUCGUUGCACAAAUGGACGUAUCUAGAACUAAAAUACAUCUAGAUACAUCUACACGUGCGACAAGUAAUUCCAAAUUACUCGUCACACAAAUGGAUGUAUCUAGAACUAAAUACAUCUAGAUACAUCUACACCUGCGACAAGUAAUUCGGAACGGAGCGAGUAGGUUGGCUGGUCCUUUUGCAUGAACAUGUGCAAACUGCAAAGACUAGUAGCACCAUCCAAUUAGGUGAUGAUCUUUGUGUGAGCAUCAGAACUAUCUAAAACGGUGGCAUCUUUUGGUAA